AUGUUCAGCACAGCAGCACAAAGUCUGACAACCAGGAGAUGCAAAGUGCCUGAUGAGGAGGUGCCUGAUGAGGAGGUGCCUGAUGAGGAUGUGCCUGAUGAGGAUGUGCCUGAUGAGGAUGUGCCUGAUGAGGAUGUGCCUGAUGAGGAGGUGCCUGAUGAGGAGGUGCCUGAUGAGGAGGUGCCUGAUGAGGAGGUGCCUGAUGAGGAGGUGCCUGAUGAGGAGGUGCCUGAUGAGGAGGUGCCUGAUGAGGAGGUGCCUGAUGAGGAGGUGCCUGAUGAGGAGGUGCCUGAUGAGGAGGUGCCUGAUGAGGAGGUGCCUGAUGAGGAGGUGCCUGAUGAGGAGGUGCCUGAUGAGGAGAAAGAAACAGUGUUCAGCACUUACAAAAAUGUAUAA